ACUAUUUGGUUGGUUUGUGAUGAAAAGUAAAUUAAUUUGAAUAUUUAACCUAAUGUUUCUUUUGUCUGGCUUUUUUUUUUUUACCACUUUAAGGUCCUUUUGGAGGGGGCGCUGAUAAACUAGCAUUUACAGUAUUUAAAAACAACAGCCCAAAAUCUAUUGGUCCUUCAAACGGUGACGUACUUGUCGAGGAACUGGCCGAGUGUUUUGUGAUGUUUGUGUAAACACUAUUGAUGCGCGCUCGGAUCACCGGAUCGCACGCGAGACUCUCCGCCAAACGAGCAGCACCUAAAUCACGAAUUCAACAGAUUUAUUCGCCAGAUAAGCGACUAGAAUGUCCGCGUCGGGCGACAUCCACGCGCAGCUGGCGUCGAUCCUCGAGCGCUUCGCCCAAUGCGCGCUGCUGGAGAUGAGUCGCGCGGUGGAUCAAGAGAUGACGCGCCGCCAGAUGGAGGUCGAGACCCUGCUGGUGAAGCUCCAGUUCACCGAGAGCGAGCUGCGAUCAGCGCGACAGAGCCAAGCGAACCUGCGCUCCGUGGGAAUACAAGUGCACAGCAGCGGACAGAGAGAAGUGAACCUCAACCUUGUAAAGUCCAAUGAAAAUCAUGAUGGAGGAACACAGACAGAGACGCACACAGACGAUUCUUCAGCACAGACAUUUGCACUAAAUGAAGAUGGAAUCAAAUCCAUUCAGAUCAAAGAAGAGCACAUGGAGGACAAACAGUGGGACAGCGGACCGAUUUCUCCUGCUCUUUGCCCGUUUGGUCCAGAGGUGGAGGACCAGGACAGGUUCAGUACAGGAACAACAGAACCAGCUAGAGAGGGAGGCAGUGAUUUCAUCCUGGAGAGUAAAACGAACCCAAGUGGAUUGUGGAAUUCACUCGUUUCUGAGGAAUAUCCCAUGAACGCCGAAACCCAGGGUUUGGACACGUCUCCUCUGGAAUCAUGCGAGCGAUACGAGAACCGUCGGCUGGAUCCGAGCGCACAGCAUCACAUGGAGGAAGCGUACAGACCGGAGGAGAUCCCCCUACGUGUGAAUCCUUCAGCGGCGGAGAGGAGCUCUCGCUGUCCUCAGUGCGGAAAGACCUUCACCACACGCUUCUACCUGAAGAUCCACCAGCGCAUCCACACCGGAGAGAGACCCUACACCUGUCCACAGUGCGGAAAGGGCUUCUACUGUAACUCACACCUGAUCUCACACCAGCGCUCGCACACCGGAGAGAAACCCUACAGCUGCGAGGAGUGCGGCAAGUCCUACUCACACUUAAACUCUCUCAAACUGCACCAGCGCAGCCACACCGAAGAAGAGCCGUAUGCAUACUGGUGACACCGUGUGACAUUCGACACAUACUGUGUAUAAUAAAUGAUCAAAUAACAUGGCUUUGUGUUUUAUAUACUGCCUUUUUUGAGUAGCUCGUCAACUGAAUACUUUUAUAUCCUUUUUUAAUCUAUUUGUGAAACAUUGUCUGAUACAGAAAAUGCAUUACCUUUAUAUUUAAACUAGUGCUGUCAAACGAUUAAUCGCGAUUAAUUGCAUCCGAAAAAAGUUUUGUUUACAUUUUAUGUGUGUGUGUGUUGUGUAUAUUUAUUAUAUGUAUAUAUAAAACACAUACAGCAUAUAUUUUAAAUAUAUUUUUACAUUUUACAUCUAAAAUGUAUUGUUUAUAUUUAAUAUAUAAACAAACUUUUUCUUAAAGUGAGUGAGUGAGUGAGUAACACACUUGCAUAUGUGUGUGUGUGUGUAUAUAUACACACACACACACCGUUUACACACAUAUAUUAUGUUAACAAACUUAUUUUAGUUGCGAUUAAUCGUUUGACAGCACUACAUUUUUCAUUUUUUUUUUCAUUUUUUUUUUUAUGACCUGUAAAACCUGUGCUAUGCUGUAUUUUUUGUUUGUUUGGAUUAUUUAAUAUGGGUGCACCAUUUUGCUAUUUACAAUAAAAAUCCAUGACUUUCUGAUGGAUACGAUGGAUAAAGUCCUCUAGUGUCUUAAUGGAUCAUUAGGAGGGAGCGCUGUAAUUUUCAAUUAGGGGAAAUAAUUUAAAUAAAUAAAAUAAAAUAAUACGAAUUGAGGCAGUAAUUAAAGCAAAAGACGCCCCUCUUAAGUAUUGAGUACAUGAACAGUAAAUGAACAUACUUUCCAGAGGCCCAACAGUUCACUAAACACUUGGGUUUUUGUUAAAUGUGAGCCAAAAUCAUCAGAAUUAAAAGAACCAAAGACUUAAACUACUUCAGUCUGUAUAAAGCCAGUAACAGUCCAGUAAUAAAACCAAUUAUUUUAAAUAAUAUUAUACUUUAAUUCAUUUUUCUUCUUGAUACAGACUUAAUCAGGUUCUGUAAUUGUCCAAGUUGUUUGGUGGCUUUAUGAACAAAAGCUGAGAAGUUAAACACAAAGAUCUGAUGUUUUUAUUAAUA